ACGAACCGAACGGAGACUCAGAUGACGUCAUGGCACCAGCAGCCACCCCUUCAGCAUCAUCUCGGCGGCCGUCCAAACCUCGAUGCCGACGCAGCCGACUCGACAGAAACCUCAGCACCCGCCGACUUGACAGCCUUGGCCACAUCCAGCCUCUCCCACUUGAACUUUUUGCCCUCUGAUCCGAUGAGGUUGCGGAAGAUCUUCCAGUCCACGGGCCCUCCGGCCGCCUUGUCCUGGAAGUAGCGCUUGAUGAGCUUCCUCGGGAUCUCGGGGUACUUGGGCGGGCCCUUCCACGCCUCCCUCACCAUCACCUUCAGACGGCCUGCACGCGGAGGCAUCUCGCAAUCGCAUUGCUAAGGGGGAGCCUGAGAUUGGUCUUCACAUUCUCUUCCCUUCCCGGAUCUGCAAGCUCGCAAUAGA